UUUCGAUUAGAGUGCACGGAGGGAGCCGCGGCGGCAGAGCAGGGCAGGAGCAGCGCGGCGCGGAGCCCGGCGGCGGGACGGCGACGGGGGCCCAGGCGCGCGGGGCGGCCGCGAGGGUGUAGGGAGGCGAGCCGGAGCGCGGAGCCACGGCCGCGCUGACCGCCCAGCCCGGCCACCGCAGCGCCCGCCGUCGCGAGCGCGCCCCGGGCAGCGCGCGGGCGAGUGCGCGCGGGCGGGGGCGCGUAGGCCCUGCCCGCCCCUUCCGUCCCCACCCCACUCCGCCCCUUCCUCUCCCCACCUUCUUCUCCCCUCCUGCGCCCCCGCCUCGGGCGCCUACCCUGUCCUCCUCCUGCGGGAGCGCUGUCCGCGGCGACGGCCGGAGCAGGCCGGGCCGGGCCGGGGGAUGGCGCUGCUGGACCUGGCCCUGGAGGGAACGGCCUUAUUCGGGUUCGCCCUCUUCUUGGUGCUGUGGCUGAUGCAUUUCAUGUCCAUCAUCUACACCCGAUUGCACCUCAACAAGAAGGCAACUGACAAGCAGCCAUAUAGCAAGCUCCCAGGCGUGUCUCUUCUGAAACCACUGAAAGGAGUGGAUCCCAAUCUCAUCAACAACUUGGAAACAUUUUUUGAAUUGGAUUAUCCCAAAUAUGAAGUACUCCUUUGUGUCCAAGAUCAUGACGAUCCAGCCAUUGAUGUAUGUAAGAAGCUUCUUGGAAAAUAUCCAAAUGUCGAUGCCAGAUUGUUUAUAGGUGGCAAAAAGGUUGGCAUUAAUCCUAAAAUUAAUAAUCUAAUGCCAGGAUAUGAAGUUGCAAAGUAUGAUCUUAUCUGGAUUUGUGAUAGUGGAAUAAGAGUGCUUCCAGACACACUCACUGACAUGGUUAACCAGAUGACAGAGAAAGUGGGCCUGGUUCACGGGCUGCCUUAUGUAGCAGACAGGCAGGGCUUUGCCGCCACGCUGGAACAGGUAUAUUUUGGAACUUCGCAUCCGAGGUCCUAUAUCUCUGCCCAUGUAACUGGUUUCAAAUGUGUAACAGGAAUGUCUUGUUUAAUGAGAAAGGAUGUGUUAGACCAAGCAGGAGGGCUUAUAGCUUUUGCUCAAUACAUUGCUGAAGAUUACUUUAUGGCCAAAGCAAUAGCUGACCGAGGUUGGAGGUUUGCGAUGUCCACUCAAGUUGCCAUGCAAAACUCUGGCUCAUAUUCAAUUUCUCAGUUUCAAUCCAGAAUGAUCAGGUGGACCAAAUUACGAAUUAACAUGCUUCCUGCUACAAUAAUUUGUGAGCCGAUUUCAGAAUGCUUUGUUGCCAGUUUAAUUAUUGGAUGGGCAGCCCACCAUGUAUUCAGAUGGGAUAUUAUGGUAUUUUUCAUGUGUCAUUGCCUGGCAUGGUUUAUAUUUGACUACAUUCAACUCAGGGGUGUCCAGGGUGGCACACUGUGUUUUUCAAAACUUGAUUAUGCCGUAGCUUGGUUCAUCCGUGAAUCCAUGACAAUAUACAUUUUUUUGUCAGCAUUAUGGGACCCUACGAUAAGCUGGAGAACUGGCCGCUACAGGUUGCGCUGUGGGGGCACCGCAGAGGAAAUCCUAGAUGUAUAACUACAGCUUUGUGACUGUACAUACAGGAGAAAGAAGAAGUAUUAUAAAUUAUGUUUAUAUAAAUGCUUUUAAAGACCUACCUUCAGUAGUUUUAUCACAUGUAUGUUUUGGUAUCUGUUCUUUAACUUAUUUUUUGCAUGGCACUUGCAUCUGUGAAAAAAAAAAAAAAAAGAAACACAUCUGUAGUCUUGGCCAAAUGGUAUACAUUAUUUUGUGGAAGUAGAGAAUCAAGAGAAUUGGUUCUAGGAACCUGGGUUUGGUUGUUUUUUUUUUAAAUAUAUAUAUAUGUGUGUGUGUAUAUGUAUGUAUAUAUGUAUGUGUGUGUGUAUAUAUACAUAAAUAUACAUGUAUACACAUGUAUAUACAUAUACAUAUACGUAUACAUACAUAUAUAUAUAAAUGCUCUGCAGCAAACACUGACAGUAUCCUUCAGUAGAGAAAGUUUCUUAUUUGGGAGUGCACUCUUAGAAUAUUUGUGGAAUGGCAGCAGCUUUGUUUUGGGGUCCUGAACAGACUAAAGUGAAUGGUACUCCGCAGUGCACAAUCCACAGUGAGGUACCAACGGGAAACUUUCACGCUUUAUGCCUACCUCUCGUAGUUGUUGCAGAGCAGCUAAAAAGUGGAACAAGGUAGCCAGGCCUUGCAAAAACAAAUGGAAAAACUUUACAAAAUAAUAAUAACAAACGAGCUGGAGUCUAGUAUUUCUACAAAUCUGUGAGGAAUUUUUUUUUUUUUUUUUGGUGUCACUGCAAUGAACCCAAAGUGGUUGAGUUUGGUUUUUAAUCAUAGCCAUGUAUUGAAGGCAUCUUUUUGACCAACUCUGGUUGGUUCUGUCUUGAACCAUUGUUAAUCACUGUGCUGGUAACCCUUUCCUUCCCUGUCCCUCACCUGACCCACCCCAUCUUUCCUUAACCAUUUUGGGGGGCGGGGGGAUGUUGGGGGGGUUGUUUUAAGUGUGAGUGGAUGUUUUGAUAGUUGUGAGGAAAAAUGCAUUUCAGACACAUUUCACACAUGAGCUAUUUUCUUAAACAGUAUGUCUUAUUGUUGAAAAGAAUGUAAUUACAGGUAUUUAAUAUCUUUUUUAAGUAAAUAUUCUAGCCAUCAAUAAAUAAAUUGCAGUGGGGUAUAAGAGGGGACAGGAUGACUUUUACUCUUAAAUAAUCAGUAUCAACCAAGUCUACUGUGCGUGUGGUUGUUUUUCUGCUUUAUUUGUUUUUUGGGGUUUUUUUUUUUACUAUUACAGUUAGUCUAGUCUUAUUUAAAUUGGAUUUUUGUAUUCCAGUUUGUAUGACAAAAUAGACUAGCACAGUGCUCCAUGUAAAUGCAUGCCGGAUUUCCCUCUCCCCUCCCUCCAGGCCGCUGAACUUGCUUGUCAGGUUGUGCUUAGCUUGUGGUGAACUGGACUUGUUUUUUGCUUUUUUAAAAAUAGGCAAAUAUGUAAGGGACAGUGCAUAAGCCUUUUUCUUUUUCCUUCUUUUUUUUUUUCUUUUCUUCCUUUUUUGGUAGCGGAAUGUUUGCUUUUCCUUGAGGCAGGGAUGGCAUGUUGUCCGUAUGAACGCCUGCUGCGGGGCUGACGCUGGCAAUAUGGCAGCUUUCAUUCUGAGUUACUCGGUUUCCAUGUCAGACUCUCAUGUGUAGCAUAUUAGCAAUAACUACAAUUUGUAGAAAAAUGAACACUUGUUCACUGCACUGAGCCAAUUCAUUUAAUUGUCGAAUGACUAUAUACAUAGUUUAAAUUGUAAUAUAUCUAUAAUGUGUAUAUAUAUAUACUGUGUAUACACAUUGUAUACAAGCCUCUCUCUGGGCCAAACUACUUCAUUCUUUUUCUUUUUCCUUUUGCCUUAUGACGAGUUUGUUUUGAAGGGCAUCUUCUUCAUGAACAAAGGCUUCGAUGCAUCCUCCUUUCCAUGUGAAAUGGGUGGUAUUGUUCCCUGAGGAAAGUUGCACAGUGAAAGCCAGUCUAGUUGUGACCCACUCCGUGUGUAUGCUUUUCAAUCACUGUUGGACAAGUUGACUCUUGCUGACCAUGUUUGUAACUUGUUGGUUGUUUCAUGAAGUUUGGUUGAUGCCACCCUUGGCCUGCUGAAGCGAAAUCAUGCUUAUUACUUAGCUUUCUGCUGAGCUCAGCAUGGGCAAGGGAACAACAAAACCUAAAUGGCUGGACAGACUUCCUGUGUUCUGUAAAUAAAACAUGACUGUUCUGUGUGUGUUUGAUGUGGGAGUGGAGGGUUUCUUUAAAGUGAAGCUUCGUGGGAGCAGACAGAGUGAUUUUUUUUGUUUAGCGAGUUUAGAGUGGUAAUAAAAUGAUUAAAAAAAUAAUAAUAUAAAUGUCGAAGAAAGCAUCACAACAGAACUGUAGGAGUCUAAAUUUAAUAAACUGUCUUUUUAAAAGUAUCUAGACUAUACCAUGUUUUAUUAUUUAAAAUCAUUGUCCUUAUGUUUUUUGUUCAAAAAAUAAAAAUUUGAAUACAAUCAAAACAUGAGCAAUACUGCA